AUGUCGUCUACAGCGAGCACCAUUCAAGGAUCGUAUGAACGCGGCGAGCCGUGGUUCGAUGACGGAAACAUAAUCCUACAAGCAGGUUCCACCCGAUUCCGGGUGUACCGCGGAGCCUUGGCCCUCAAUUCACCGGUGUUUGCAAGUUCAUUUCCUCGCAAUUCUCGCGCUACCCAUGUGCCCUCGUCUACAGCAGUGUAUCGAUUGCAAGACCAGCCGGACGAGCUCCAGCAUUUCUUGAAAGCACUGUUUAUCCCAGGACAUUAUGAGAAGAAAGUGCGAAACGACUUUGACGCGACAGUAUCCGUGCUUCGCCUCAGCACGAAAUACCAAGUGAAGUACUUCCGGCAGGACAUUGUCGCCCAACUAUCGCUCGCGUACCCAACUGUUCUUCAAUCAUGGGACAAUCGGUCCAGCAUAUCUCUACGCACUCCAUUCCUACUCGAAAGAGCACCCGAGAUCCUCCGACUAGCGCGUGACACCGACAUCCGCGCCCUCAUCCCCGCAGCUAUGCUAGCUUGCUGCUCCAAUUCCCUUGAAACUAUCAUGGACGGCCUCUCCCUCUCUGCAGACGACGUGGAGACAUGCAUUCUCGGCCGCGAACGUAUCCUCGAAGCCUGGCGCUCGAAGAUCUUCUCCGAGCGCCAGCUCGUAUCCAGCGGCCCGGGGUUCGUCCUGAGUAGACAUAUCCCUUGCGACUCCGCCCGGCUGCGCUGGUUGUACCGGGAAGACGUCUGGGAGAUGGCCUUUGGAUACGACUGGUUCGAUCCUCUGAGGAAGGAAUACCCUUCCCUUGUUCCUGGCAUGUGCGCAGCGUGCCAGAAGGCUUUCAGUACUGGAUUUGAUCGGGCGAGGGCACAGAUAUGGGCGGACCUUCCUGGAUACUUUGGGCUCCCGGAGUGGUCCGUAUUGAGAACUGAGCUGGAUGAGAUUUUAAAGGAGGCUUAG